CAGAGCUGUGCUGACAUCCCUGGGAACAGCUGGGAUCUGCUCCGCUGCCGAGCCGCUUGUCAGAGCCCUGAGCUCGCCGGAGCAGCCGCAAAGAUCACAAGCGUUUUAUUGGGGAGGGCUGGCAGGGGCUUCCCGGGAGCGAUGUUAUCCUGGCAGAAUUCCUCUUGAACUGGUCGUGGCCAUGGAGUCUCUGUUGAAAUCGGGAAACAGCUGACGUGCUCAGAGUGCACAACCACCACGGUGCCCGUCGCUGCGCCGGAGGGCUCUGAAGAUGUCCAACAGCAACACGGCACAGGAGUCCCUGGAAAUUAUGAAGGAAUCAGAAAAAAAAGUGGUUGAGGAAUCUGUGAACAAAACCAAAUAUGUAUCCAGGUCACCGAGCAAGGAGGAGGUGGAGAAGGAUGGGGGGGAGGAGGUCAGCGUGCGCCAGGAAUCUCAGAAGCGAACGUCAAGCCAUGGACACGCCAGGAAAAGAGCCAAGUCUAACUCAAAGCUUAAACUGGUCAGGAGUUUGGCUGUGUGUGAGGAAUCCUCGGGCCCCUUCGUGGAUGGGCUGCUGGAGUCUCAGGACAUCAUCCAGCUGCACGUGAGCUGCCCCUCUGACAAGGAAGAGGAGAAAUCCAUGAAAGAUGGGGUGGAGAAAGAAGAAAAAGACAAGAAUAAAGAAAAAACACCAAGGAAGAUGCUCUCUCGAGAUUCCAGCCAGGAAUAUACAGACUCCACUGGAAUAGAUUUGCAUGAAUUUUUAGUAAAUACACUGAAAAAAAACCCACGGGAUAGAAUGAUGCUGCUCAAGUUGGAACAGGAGAUUCUGGAGUUCAUUAGUGAUAACAACAAUCAGUUCAAGAAGUUCCCCCAGAUGACCUCGUACCACCGGAUGCUGCUCCACCGGGUCGCGGCUUAUUUUGGGAUGGAUCACAACGUGGAUCAGACCGGGAAGGCUGUGAUCAUCAACAAGACCAGUAACACACGAAUCCCCGAGCAGAGGUUCUCCGAGCACAUCAAGGAUGAGAAGAACGCAGAGUUCCCGCAGAGGUUUAUCCUGAAACGGGAUGACACCAGCAUGGAUCGGGAUGAUAACCAGAUCAGACUCCCCUUGCAGGAUGGGAGAAGGAGCAAAUCCAUAGAAGAGCGAGAGGAGGAAUAUCAGCGGGUCAGGGAGCGGAUAUUUGCACGAGAGUCUGGCCAGAACGGAUACCUCACGGACAGCAGGGGCAACCGGGACGGGCUGAGCCGGGCCUCGGGCAGCCGCCAGAGCAGCACCGAGAGCGAGAUCAAAUCCCUGGAGCCACGGCCCUGGAGCAGCACGGAUUCGGACGGCUCCAUCCGCAGCCUGCGGCCGCCCGUCACCAAAGCCAGCAGCUUCAGUGGCAUCUCCAUCCUGACCCGGGGGGACAGCAUCGGGAGCAGCAAGGGCAGCACUGCCAGCAGGACGUCACGGGCAGGUUUGGUGCUAGGUGCCCCUGAGACCUGCAGCCAGUCCCCAUCGUCGCAGCCCAGCCGUGGCCUCCUGCCCUGCACGGCCCCGCAGCCGCCCCCACAGCCGCCCCCGCAGGCCCCCGGCCUCCCCCCAGGCCAGCAGCAGCCGGCCAUGAGCAGCCCCAUGAUGUCCCAGCCGGUCCCGGCGCUGCAGCCCGUUCCGUACUCUCCAAGCUCCUGCCCCCAAGUCCUCUUGCCAGUCUCUCCACCCCAGCAGUACAACCUGGCCGACGAGCUCAGCAGCCCCUUCGGGCAGAUCAGCCUCAGCCGACAGGGCUCGACGGAAGCCCCGGAUCCUUCCUCGGCGAUGUUCCAGUCAUCCCUCAUCUCCCAGCACCCUCAGCAGACAGGAUUCAUCAUGGCAACCCCUGGGCAACCCAUCCCCACCUCCAGCUACUCCGCCUCGGGGCACACGGCCCCCACUCAGCAGGUGCUGCAGCCCCAGGGCUACAUUCAGCCUCCCCAGCAAAUUCAGGUUUCUUACUACCCCCCCGGGCAGUACCCGAACUCCAGCCAGCAAUACCGACCCCUCAGUCACCCAGUGGCCUACAGCUCCCAGCGCCCACAGCAACUCCCCCAGCAGUCCCAGCAGCCAGGUUUACAGCCAAUGAUGUCCAACCAGCAGCAAACAUACCAAGGUGUGAUGGGGGUGCAGCAGGCGCAGCCCCCCGGGCUCCUCAACAGCCAGAGGAACAACAUGGGGGGCCAGAUGCAGAGCGUGAUGGGGGUGCAGCAGGCGCAGCCCCCCGGGCUCCUCAGCAGCCAGAGGAGUGGGAUGGGGAGCCAGAUGCAAGGUCUGAUGGUGCAGUACACGCCGCUGCCUUCGUACCAGGUUCCCAUGGCCAGUGAGUCCCAGAACGUGGUCCAGCAGCCCUUCCAGCAGCCGGUGCUUGUGCCAGCCAGCCAGUCUGUGCAGGGGGGGCUCCAGGCUGGAGGGGUCCCCAUCUACUACAGCGUUAUCCCCACUGCCCAGCAGAACGGCACCAGCCCAUCCGUGGGGUUCCUGCAGCCUCCUGGCUCUGAGCAGUACCAGAUGCCGCAGUCCCCGGCGCCCUGCAGCCCCCCCCAGAUGCAGCAGCAGUAUUCAGGGGUGUCCCCGUCAGGCCCCGGUGUGGUGGUGAUGCAGCUGAAUGUCCCCAACGGCCCCCAGGCCCCCCAGAACCCCCCCGUGGUGCAGUGGAGCCAUUGUAAGUACUACAGCCUGGAGCAGCGGGGGCAGAAGCCAGGAGACCUCUACAACCCCGACACCAGUGCUCAGGCCAGCACCCAGCUGAACAGCCCCAUCACAUCCCCCACCCAGUCCCCGACGCCGUCGCCCGUCACCAACCUCAACAGCGUGUGCACGGGGCUGAGCCCCCUCCCCGUCCUCACACAGUUCCCCCGGCCCAUGGGCCCGGCACAAGGUGACGGGCGGUACUCGCUGCUGGGCCAGCCGCUGCAGUACAACCUGUCCCUGUGUCCCCCGCCGCUGCUCCACAACCAGCCCAGCUACACAGGACACCAGGGGCAGACCGGAAUGAAACACGGAAACCGGAGCAAGAGACAGGCCCUAAAGUCAGCGUCCACCGACCUGGGGACAAGUGAUGUAGUGCUGGGCCGGGUGCUGGAGGUGACGGACCUGCCCGAGGGCAUCACACGGACAGAGGCCGACAAGCUCUUCACGCAGCUCGCCAUGGCCGGUGCCAAAAUCCAGUGGCUCAAAGAGACUCAGGGGCGCCGCGGGGACGGAGGCAGCGGGGACAACAGCGGGACUCCGGAGAACGGCAGGCACAGUGACCUCGCUGCCUUAUACACCAUCGUGGCCGUGUUCCCCAGCCCUCUGGCUGCCCAAAAUGCCUCCCUCCGCCUCAACAACUCCCUCAGCCGCUUCAAGCUGCGCGUGGCCAAAAAGAACUACGACCUGCGGGUGCUGGAACGGGCAAGCUCCCAGUAGGGCUCCCGCGGGCACCGGGCACUCCCCUGGGCCUCUUCUCCUCCCACCCUCCCUUCCUCUCGCCCUCCUUCCUUGAUAUAUUUAUAUGAACAUAAUUAAGAGACAAGAAGUUGAUUUUUUUUUUUUUUUUUUUAAUUAUUAUUAUUUUUGGAGUGACGCCCGUGCCCGCCCCCCUCCCCUGUGUCUAUGGUUUUGUUUAAGCACUGUGUUGGACCGCACAUACAGGUGUUGAUUGGUAUGUUCACUGCACAUUUUAUUUAAUCGGAUUAUUAUUUUGCGGGGGGGUAUUUUUGGUUUUAUUUUAUUUGGGGGGUUGUUUUUAAAUUAAAAAAAAAAAAAAAGG